GCACGUAUAGACACUUGCAGGAUGACGAACUAUAUACUUGCCUUUGUACUGCUUUUAUCGUAUGAUUAUGCUAUAGGUCAAUGCAAUUUCCCGUGCAAAGCGCAAAAAAGGCUCUAUGAUUGGCUUGCAGAUAAUGGUGACGCUACUGGUUCUCAGGUAAAAUUCGACGCGUCAACUUACACACUUUCUGUAAACGGUACAGAGUAUAAAACGGACUGUGUUCACCGAUCUGGACCUUUCUAUGUACUAAGACGUACAAUUAAUGGAGUAAUGUCUUAUAUUUGCCUGAAGAACUCGAGGUUUAUAAUAUCUGCUGACUUCUUGGUCUUAUUUAGAACUGAAUGGAGUAAGUCACGUUUGUAG